AUGGGUCCAGUCUUAGCCAAUCUAGAUUCUCUCGUUCGAAUGCCUUAUGGGUGUGGUGAACAAAAUAUGGUUACGCUAGUUCCAAAUAUCGUUGUUUUGAGUUAUUUACGAGCUACACAACGUUCAACUCCACAAAUGGAAUUAAAAAUUAAAAAAUAUAUGGAAACGGGAUAUCAAAAAGAAUUGACUUAUAGACAUUCUGAUAAUUCAUUUUCUGCUUUUGGAGAGCAUGAUCCUCAUGGUUCAACAUGGUUAACUGCUUUUGUAAUUGUUUCGUUUAAGCAGGCGCAAGCGUUUAUUUAUGUUGACGAUAAAGUUUUGGAGGAUUCGAUAGCCUUUUUAAUUGCCCAACAACAAGAAAGUGGCGCUUUUAUGGAGCGUGGGGAAGUUCUCCAUAAAGCCAUGCAGGGAGGGGCAGCUGAGGGUGGUUAUUCUUUAACUGCUUAUGUUUUGAUUGUUUUAUUACAAAAUCAUGUUCAAAAUAAAGUAACGGAAAAGGCUAAAAUUUAUUUGGAAUCAAAAUUGGAAGAACAAAAAGAUAAUUCUUAUGCAUUAGCUAUUUCUUGUUAUUCUUUACAUUUGGCUAAUAGUGAAAAGAAAACAGAUUGUCUAAAAUUAUUAGAAUUAAAUAAAAUUACUUCAAAUGAUGGAAAUGUUCAUUGGUCUGGAAUUAAAAAAGAAAAGUCUUCUCAACAACAAAAAAGUAGUGGGCAACCUGUUGAUAUUGAAACAACCUCUUAUGCUUUAUUAACUUAUAUGUUAAUUGAUGAUAAAAUAAAAGCUUUGCCACUUGUUAAAUGGUUAACAUCACAAAGAAAUUCCCUUGGAGGGUUUUUUAGUACUCAAGACACGGUUAUGGCUUUACAAGCUUUGGGGAAAUACGCAGAACGUUCUUAUGGUGCUGCUUUUAAUGUAACAAUAAAAAUUCAGAAUGGGGCUGAUUCACAUACUUUUAAUAUAAAUCCACAAAAUUCUUUGGUUUUACAAAGUUAUGAAUUGUCAAAUUUGGAUUCGCCAGUCGAAAUUGAAGCUUUUGGUUCAUCAUUAGCAUUUAUUCAAUUACAAUAUUUUUAUUAUCGUUUACCUUCACAAAAAGACGAAUUGUCCUUUUAUUGUGAAAAUGAUUUAAAAGAACAGAGAAACGGCCAAAGACUUUUAUUAGAUUUGUGCUGUAAUUAUACACGUUCUGGUGGACGUUCAAAUAUGGCUGUAGCUGAAAUACAGGCGUUGAGUGGAUUUAAAUUUGAUGAAGAAGAAAUUGGGAAAUUAACUGGAAUUGGGGAUUUACAAAGGGUGGAAUUGGAGAAGGAUGAUACUAAAGCUAAUAUUUAUUUUAAUUCUUUAAGUGAUGUCCCUGUUUGUCUAACCCUUUCCAGUGAUUUAGUCUAUCAGGUAGCAGAACAAAAACCUGCACAAUAUUUACUUUAUGAUUAUUACCAACCAGAUUUACAAUUAAAGUCGAGUUAUGGAGGAAAUCAGCAACAGCCAACAAUCCGUUCCCUCGAAGAUACUUGUUCUGAAUGUUGGCCAGACCCUGCAGCAUUACAAUCAUCUUCUACAUCAACAAAAACUUCAAAUAAUUCAACAACUUCCUCCCCAGGUUUAUUUUCAAUGACUGCAUUGUUGGCUUGUUUUUCUUCUUUGCUCACUUAUAUUUUUUGCUGUUAUUGUUGUUUUUAAUUAAAUAAAUACUUUUUAAAUGAACAUACUUUUAACUACUCAUAAUUGCUCUCUCUCUUUUGCUGUGCUUUUAUUUUUUCUAUUAAAAUUUUUAUUUUUAGCAUUUCCGGUUCCCCCCGUCUUCUUUAAAAUUUAUUUUUUUUUUCAUUCUAUCUACC